UUUAAAUUGUGCUCGUUUCUUGAAUUCUAAACACGCCACCUUACACUUGAAGCUAUGGCGUUGUCGAGGCUUUGUAUGGCGUUGCUGCUCCUCUCUCUUCUUUUGAUCCACCAAGCUGAAUCUGAUUAUAUGGUGAUUCAGUUGAACACAGCUGAGGCACCACCUCCUCCACCUCCACAUAUAGAUUGCGACGGAGCUUGUGAUGCCCGUUGCCAGCUGUCGUCGCGGCCACACCUUUGCAAGAGGGCAUGCGGGACUUGUUGCGCCCGCUGCAACUGUGUGCCGCCAGGAACUUCCGGCAACUACGAUGCCUGCCCUUGCUAUGCCAACAUGACUACUCGUGGAAGCAGGCACAAAUGCCCCUAGAAGGGCUUCAUUUUCAACUUGCGAAAAUGUCUCCAUUUUGUCGAUGUAUUGCCGAGUUUGUGGAGUCUUGCCUGAUGUAUCUCAAUAAUAGAGACUUCUGUGGUGUCCAAUCAAUAAAUAAACUUUCGGAGUAAUGAUUAUUAAUAUUGAUGGAUCAUGGGACUU